CGCAGACAAUCUGCAUUAGCAUCUUUGUGGCCGAAUCACUAGGUUAAUUUUUUUUCCUUUCUAAAAGAAUUUCUAAGAUCCUAUGCAAAAUAAGAAAAGUUUUAUCGCGGAAUUCGACAUUGAAGCAACCACUCGGGAAAUUGGAAGGCUUAUUUGCUGUGAUCAGGAAAUUGCCUUUCUUCGAUAUGCCCCAGACAAUUCUGUACUUUUUGGAGGAUUGGAUGGAAGUUUAAUUGCUUGGGACUUGCUAAAAUGGAGAUCAUCAAUCGUUUGGGAAACAGAUAUUUUAGUGAAUGGAGUUUUGAUACCAGUAAUGAAUUCAAACUUUAUUUUUUGUUCAAUUUCCGAGGAGCAGUGGAAAAGAAAUAGUAAUUCAAACUGGGCUGACUUUCGAAUUGUAGGAAUGGAAGUUACUGAAAGUAUUGGAGCAGGCGUGCUAGCCAGAAUAUUUUCUUUAUAUGAAUCGGGACUGCUUCGAGUCUUGCAUAGCGUGGCAAAAAAUAAUGGAAAUGAGAAUAAAGAAGGCGAAGGAAAUGGAACGAUAGAAUUUGUGGUUGUUUCCUCUAUACAAUGUUUUAGGCAUAUUGAUGGGCAAAGAAACCAUUUGGAAGAGUUUGCCACUUCAUUGGCCAUAUAUGAAAGCAAUGAAGGAGCAGUCAGAAGAUCUGAAUGUUUUGUUGGAACAUCCAAGGGAAGAAUUAUUCGUCUUAAUCCAACAAAUAUUAAAACAAGCAAAUUCUUCUACAAUUGUAGUUCUCAAGUUUCCCAAGGAUAUGGAUCUGAAAUAACAAGUAUUAAAUUCCCGCAAGUAUCUUCAAAUAUUUUUGCGUGUACAACAAAUGAUCAAAAAAUUUUUAUUUUUAAUUAUAAUGAACCAGAACCGAUCAAGGUUAUUUCUUCGUCGAGGUCAACGUUAAGUAUAGGCCAGAGAUUAAUGUCAUCGACACUUUUUGAGUGGUCCCCAACGUAUUUUUUUAUAAUCUUUAAACUUAACCAUUUUCUAAGCAAUGAAAAUAUUUUUUACUCAAUUAAUUCUGGAGAGCAAAUAAUCAUCUGGAAAAGUGAUCUCCUCACUGAUGUAAUGGUGAAUGUUGGUCCAAUAGACUCUUACGACUUUUACCAACAAUACAGAAAUAGAAUACACUGUAGCACAACAUGGAAGAACAGUUCUGAAAAUGGCUUUAUGGUUUAA